AUGGCAGCAGCGCCGGGCUCCGCUGCGGCCAGGACCCCCAAGGCCGGCAAAAAGUACCGGACGGUGAAGCGGCACGCCGGCAUCUACACCUACCAGGAGCCUCCCCACAGCAACUCGGAUGAAGAUGCUGGUGAAGAAAAGGCUGAGAGCCAUGACCCGGAGCAGAUCUUUCAGAACAUCCAGUACCAGAAGGAGAUUAUGUCCAACAUCCGCUGCCGCCCGUGGCCAAUGAGGCAGAAGCUGAGGGCGCUCAGGCAGGCAAAGGAGAUUGUGCUAAAGUAUGAAGGAAGGCUCACCCGAACAAGAGGUUAUCAAGCUGCUGGUGCAGAGCUUUGGAGGAAGUUUAUUCGACUUGCAUAUAAUUUUGUGGUAAUCUUUAUUCCUUGGGAAAUGAGAAUAAAGAAAAUUGAGAGUCAUUUUGGUUCUGGAGUUGCAUCUUACUUCAUCUUCUUGAGAUGGCUAUUUGGAAUCAAUAUUGUACUUACCAUAAUGACAGGAGCAUUUGUAGUCUUACCAGAGCUACUGGCCGGAGCACCAUUCGGCAGCACAGUCAGCAAGACCAUUCCCCAGAAGCAUCUUAAAUCUGCUCAGGACCUGGACACCAUCUGGUCACUAGGGGGCUACCUCCAGUACUCUGUUUUGUUUUAUGGCUACUAUGGCAGUGACAGGAAGAUUGGGAAAGCUGGAUAUCGGCUGCCUCUUGCCUACUUCCUUGUUGGAAUGGCAGUGUUUGCUUACAGCUUCAUCAUUCUCUUAAAAAAAAUGGCAAAGAACUCAAGAAUGAGUUUAGCAAGUGCCUCUGAUGAAAAUUACACUUUCUGUUGGAGACUGUUCUGUGCUUGGGACUAUUUAAUAGGAAACCCUGAGGCUGCAGAGAGCAAAGCUGCUGCUAUAGUUAAUAGCAUUAGGGAAGCUAUACUGGAAGAGCAAGAGAAGAAGAAAAGCAAAAACUUGGCAGUGACUAUAAGCUUAAGAAUUAUUGCAAAUAUCCUUGUGCUCCUCUCACUUGCUGGAAGUAUUUACAUCAUAUAUUUUGUCGUGGAUCGAUCCCAAAGGUUAGAACGCACCAAAAAGGAAUUGACUCUUUGGGAAAAGAAUGAGGUAAGCGUAGUUGUGUCACUGAUUACAAUGAUUGCACCCUCUGCUUUUGAACUUGUGGCAGCUCUGGAGAUGUAUCACCCAAGGACCACUCUUCGCUUCCAACUGGCCAGGGUUCUUGUUCUAUACCUGGGAAACCUCUACAGUUUAAUCAUUGCUCUUCUGGAUAAAGUGGACAGUAUGAGUGGCACCGACUCUGAUGUUAACAACAAUGCAAGGAAUUCUACCAGAACUCUUCCUAAAGAAGACAAUUCAUCUACAAUUAUUCCUGAUCAUUUUAAGCAAAACAGCAUUGUCACGUCAGAAGAGGGUCACACUCAAGGCUGGGUUAACAAAACAGUUCCCUUUAACUCUCAGAACCCACAGGAUCAGUGCUGGGAGACGUAUGUUGGUCAAGAGAUGCUAAAGCUUUCAAUUAUCGACAUGAUUUUCACAGUCGCAAGCAUCCUGCUGAUUGAUUUUUUCCGUGGACUGUGUGUCCGAUAUUUAAGUGAUUGCUGGUGCUGGGAUCUAGAAAGCAAGUUUCCAGAAUAUGGAGAAUUCAAAAUUGCAGAGAAUGUAUUGCAUUUGGUCUACAACCAAGGAAUGAUCUGGAUGGGAGCUUUCUUUUCACCUUGCUUACCAGCAUUCAAUGUUCUCAAGCUGAUUGGACUUAUGUACCUGAGGAGCUGGGCUGUGCUAACGUGUAAUGUACCACAUCAGCAGGUUUUCAGAGCAUCUCGAUCCAAUAAUUUCUACUUGGCCAUGCUGCUGUUCAUGUUGUUUUUAUGCAUGUUACCAACAAUUUUUGCUAUUGCCCGAUAUAAGCCAUCAUUAAGCUGUGGUCCUUUCAGUGGACAAGAAAAAAUAUAUGAUAUUGUUUCUGAAACAAUUAAAAAUGAUUUUCCCACAUGGUUCAACACGGUGAUUACUUACAUCAGUAGUCCUGUGGUUGUCCUCCCUGCACUACUACUUUUAUUCAUGCUAAUUUAUUACCUGCAAAGUAUUGCAAGGUCAUUGAAAUUCACCAACAAUCAACUGAGAAUGAAGAUUCAAACA